CGCGCACUGCCAGCAGCGAAGCAGACGACUCGGUUGCAUCGCGGCGGCGGCAGCGGCAACAGCGGAGGCGGCUGUUGUUGGGUGACUGCAGCUAGGAUUUCUCUGGCAAAGCAAGGUAAAACUCUCAGUACUAAAUAUCAACAACAAACAGAUCAACCACUACCACACAUAAAUCGACAAACAGUAGUGGAAAGUAAAAAAAAUCAAAGUAUCCAACUGAAACAACCCAGUUAUAUUCCAAUAUAACUUCGUUGUGGUCAUCAUGGAUUUAUUUCGGAGGCAUUUUAACCAAAUAUUUUCGGAAAGAUUUUCGCCUACCAUAUGAAAGGAUGAAAUAAAAUGGAAUAAAUAACAAAUGCAUACAUAUUUCCGGAUAUUCUACGACCAGCCUGAUUAAAACAUUCUGUUUCCACGAUGCCUGGUUUAGUGGUAUUUAAACGAAGGUGGUCCAUCGGAUCCGACGAUCUGGUUGUACCUGCCGUCAUCAUGAUCGUCGUGCAUCUCGUAUGGAUCAUUGUCUUGGCCUCAACACUUGUUAUGGUCGACUUUACUUCUGAUUUGGUCUGCAUGAGAGACUUAAAAGGUCAUAUAUUUGGAUAUCUUGUCAUUCUUUCCGUCUGCCUUUUAGUUGAAAUAACUAUGGCAUGGGUUAGUAUGCGAGGAAGUAUUAUAAACACUGAACCAAGAUGGUGCAUGCAGUAUAUCAUCUACAUUCGGUUAUUCAUUCUACUAGUAGAGUUGGCUUGGCUAAUCGUUGGAGUUGUUUGGACCGCAAAAUAUUACCAAUCAUGUGCCUCAGGUUCAGUGAACAGAAUUGUUCUUGGUGUUAUAAUUUGCAAUUGGGGCAUCAUGUUAAGUGUUGUAGUGUGUAUUUGGUGUACAUUUGAUACAGCUGGUAGAAAGUGGGUUAAAAUGAAACGUUUUCAAGAGAGUCUUAGAAGAAAGCAACGUGAUCGCAAACACCAAAAUUGUGUAAGACGGAACUGGCGACAAAGAAAAGCUUUGAGAGCUUAUGAAGAAAAAUGGGACCGAAGAUUUCACCUGUUAUGUUGUUGUAUAGAACGGAGAGGUCGAAAUCAGAACUCCAUAUCUGAAGUUGCCCAACUCUUCACUGAAUUCUUCCGAGAGCUUGAUGUAGUUCCCUCUGAUGUGGUUGCUGGCUUACUUUUAUUAAGACGUUAUCAAAAGCUCCAAAUGCGAAGUCAUGUUGCUAACAAAACCAAUGAUAUUUACCAAUAUUUAUCAGGAGCAGCAAUUACUCCUAAGACCCACUUUCUCCAAUUAAAUGACCCUGAUGUUAUGGAGGAGUACAAACUAAUUAUCCAUUAUAUGGAAUAUGCAUUGGCUGCCUAUGGUUGGCCUGCUUAUAUGAUGAUGAACAAUGCCACUGGAUUAUGUAGUCUCGUACCUUAUUUGUCUUGUUGCUGUUGUAAAAGUUGUGUAAAACACCAAACUUACUCUACUGUUGUUGAAGAUAACUGUUGUGAAUGUAAUUUUGCUGCUAUGAAGAAACUCAGUGGCCUCUCAGAUACUGACAUCAUAUAUGUCACAUAUCACGUAGAUAUUGGAAAAACACCAUUUUAUGUUGCUGUUGAUCAUAAACAGAAGAAAGUAAUUGUUUGUGUGAGAGGAACAUUAUCUUUACAGGAUGUAUUGACUGAUCUUAAAGCUGAGUCUACUAUGCUUCCACUCGAACCUCCUAUUGAGAACUGGCUUGGUCAUGAGGGUAUGGUUGAUGCAGCACAGUACAUUCAGAAAAAAUUAGUCGAAGAAAAUAUUUUGUCAAAAGCAUUUAAUAGUGAUUUCGAUCGCAGAACUGAUCAAUACAAUUUAAUUUUAGUUGGACAUUCUCUUGGAGCUGGAACUGCAUCAAUUUUAGCCAUUCUGCUAAAAAGACAAUACCCUAAUUUACAUUGUUAUGCUUAUUCACCUCCUGGAGGCCUUAUAAGUGAGGAAUGUGCAGAACAAACUAAAUCUUUUAUAACAUCUGUUAUUGUUGGGAAAGACAUUGUGCCAAGGAUUGGCCUGUCUCAACUGGAACUUCUUCGAACAGAUCUUAUUAAUGUCAUAAAAAUAAAUGAAAGCCCAAAGUGGAAGAUUAUUACAAAGAGUAUGAUGUGCUGCCUUCCAGAUAACACUGAUAAUAUACUCCAAGGUAAACUAGAGCGCAAUGCUAGAUUGCAUCCUUUUGACAGUGGUAUUGGCCUGUCAGCUCACAACCCUCUUUUUCUACCAGGAAAAAUUAUUCACAUUGUUCGCAGUCAUCCUGUCAUCAAACGGUCUCGAUGUAAACCAAGUUCACCAGUUUAUCAAGCAAUCAUUGCUGAAAAUAGUGACUUUGAGCAGGUGUUGGUCUCUCCUACCAUGAUAAAUGAUCAUUUCCCAGAUAAUGUAUUAGAUGCUCUCAGGAAGGUGCUUAUUAACGUAGGGCCAAUAAAACCUAACCGGAAAUUACCUGAUUCUGAACGCAAAACCAAAUUAUGUGAAUUACCAUCCAUCACUGCAGCAGAUGUUUGUGUUAAUACUUGCAACUCUUGUGUUGAAACAACUUUCUCAAGUCCAAAUCUUCAAGAUAUUCCAAGUCCAUCUGAUCCAGAUUUAACAAUAUCCCCUCCACCUCUGACUUGGGACCAAGUAGCAGAACAAAACAUUCGAAAACUUGAAUAUGCUCGAAGUAUACAUCUAAGCAAUCCCCUUACAAAUGAAUUAUUGAAUCUCAGUUUGUUAAGAGACAGAGCUGAAGCACCUUUAGCAAGUCCAGAGCCUUCAAUUUCAGAAUCUUCAAGUGCUGCUUCUUUGAAAGCUAGCGCCCCUAUAAAUAGAUAUAGUUUCCAUAAAGCAAUUUAUGGUUUCCAAGAUCUCAAGUCUAUACAGCAAUCGCCAUUACCCAAAACGCGUACUGGUAGCUUUUCUUGUUUUAGAAAUGAGGAACCUUCCAGUAACGAACAAUCCCCAGACACUUGCAAGGAGGAAGAAAAUUUUAAUAAUAACAAUAAUAACAAUAACAAUAAUAAUAAUGAACCUGAAAAGGUUGACAUAAUAAAAGACAAAAGACCUGAGAGUGUUACCAUUGUAUCAUCUACGGAAUCAAACCAUAUUUGUGAUAAAACCAAUGGACAUGUUUGCUUAGAUAUUGAAGGCAAGUUAUUGCAACAGAGCCAAAAAGUUGGAGAUGAAAUUGCAUUGGAUUCUAGAAGGUUAACAAGAAAAGGAUCAGAAAAAAAUGACAGCAAUGCCUUUUUACCUCACAAUAGAAUAGUUAGCUCUGACAGAACUAGCUCUGUUGCCUGCAUGCCUCUUCCAACCCCCAAACCUCUUUUCCAACAUACAGGAUCUGAAUCCUUUUUGCAAAACAUUGUACCCCGACAUGUCAUGCGACGGUCAACAGAACAAAUGGAUUUUAAGGCCUUAAAAGAUGAUACAACACUAUUUGAAAGUCCUAAAAGGACAGCCCCUGUUCCCAAACCUCCCCGACAUAUCCCUGUGAAAUUGCCAUCCAGUUUACCACGGGUUUCAAUUCUUAGUUCUACUGGUGAAGAAGAAUCUGAAAGAAGACAUUCAUUUCCUAGGCUUUAAAUCUAUCAAUUAAUAUCAAUUAUUAAUUGAUAUGAAUUGUUAUAAUUUAAAUACAAAUUAAAGCAAUAGCAAUGAAAAGAUAUUGAGUUUUAAAAUAGAAAGGGGAAGAAAAUAAUUUAUUACACUCUUUGGGUUUUAAAUUAAGUUUUAAAACCCAAUUUUACUCACUAAUAUAUCAUCAUGUCUUUAUUUACAGAUAUCAACAAAAACCUAGGUAGACUUAUAGAACUACAAACACCAAAUUUAAUUUUAACUUCAGAUAGGACCUGGGGUUUUAUUUUACUUUUAAACAUGACUCAGCAGUAGUUUAAGUCUGUGAUUUCUUAUCUCCAGCUUGCAAUAUUCCAUAAAAGUUACUGAAAAAUCAAAGAUAAUUUAAUACACACCAUUGGAAAAUUUGGGGUAAAAAUAUAUUUAAAAACAAAUAAGAAGUGUAAUCUUGAUACUAAAAGGAAACUAAGUUCUUUCUACAAAUUUUAAAUGUUACAUAUAUAGUUUUUUUUUUCUUUUUAGCUCAUAUUGUUGUAUCAUUCUAAAAUAUUAUUUUCAGAUUUAAGAAGUUUCAAAGAAAAAAAUUGUUUGAAUAAAUAAAAAAAAUUAUAUUUGAAAAAAUUUGUCAAGCAGAUAUUGACAACAAAUUUAGUAAGUAUAUAUAUAUGUGUGUAUAUAUAUAUGUCUGUGUGUAUAUAUAUAUAUAUAUAUAUAUAUAUAUAUAAGACAGUGAUCGUCAAAUAAAUUUGAUUGCAGGUUAUUAAUCUAAGACAUAGCACAACUGCCUGGCAUCUUUUCUAAUCUAAUCAGCAUAAUUCUUCAGUAUGUCCAAUUUACAACUCUACCUCAAGUGCACUUUUCUUUGUAUUCAAUUCAAAAUCUCAAUGAUGCAAUGCCUAUUUCACCAACAGUCAUCUUCUAGAUGACCAAGGCAUGACAAACACAUCAGUUUCAAAAUUCAACAACUGUUUUAUCAUAUUUUAUUUUUUGUUUUAAACCUAAACAACAAACAAUCUUAAAACGAUUUUUAUUUAUAUUUUUUACCAUUUUUUGUAUUUGUUUUUGUCCAUUUAUGUUUUUUUUUUUUGUUUCCUUCAUUUCAUGAUGCCCUGUUCUAAAUAAAUGUAUAUCAUAUGUUUGCACUGUCACCAAUUUCAAAUUACAAAAGUAUUAAUACCCAUUAAAUGAUAUUGAAUCAGAAGAUUUUUGCUCAAAGAUAGACUUUGUUGAAUAUAAAAAGAUUUUCAAAUAAAGGGAUUAUAGAUUAUCAACUACAUGGUCAUAAGUCUCAAGUAUCAACUCACUUCAUCAGUUUAUGGAUGUUACUAAGAUAGAUACUCAUCAUCUCAUUAGCUGUUAACCAUAUAGACGUCUUAAGAUGUCUAAUAAUUAAUACAAAGACUAUAUACAAAUAAAAGUUUUGCGGAACAGACUGGAUAAUAGAACUCAAUACAUGAGUUUAUAUAUUUUUAAUCAACAAAAAGGUGAUGGUCUAGAGUUGCAUGCAUAGCAUUUAUCAAAAUGUGUUAAACUCUUGAUCCUAGAUUUAAUCUCAGAUCAGCUUUGAGUAAGAAAAACAAUGGCCAAAGAAAUUCCAGUCAUGACCUUCCCAUCAUUUAUUUAGAUCUAGUUUAUCUAGAACUACAUUGACCAUCAAAUGCUUCUCCAUUUUUAAGAUGGUACAGUGUAAUAUGAUAGCUAUUUAGUUACUAUUUCUUACAGGUCAGACAAUCUUGUAAAGUCACCCUCCAACAGCAGAACUAUCAUCAUCAUCUACUAUAGCAGUAAAUGGUAGGUUAUACUAUUACUUCUCAUUAAUUUCAUUGCUUAUCUCCAAUACUUAAUGAUAUUUAUUGAUCUUAGAAUAAUUAGAGACACUAAAUUAAAACUGAAAAUUCAAAUACAAAUCCUGAAAGACCUAAAUUUAAUACUUUUGCAAUAAUUUUCUUUCUUAAUAAUACAGUGUUGUACAGAUCAACAGUAACCCUUCCUCUUUUAAAAUGAGUAUUUCUCACUUUGAAGUGACAUGUGCUUAGUUUAGAAUUGCUAAUGACACUUUGAAGUGACAUGCACUCACUUUGAAAUUGCUAAUCUUAGUUUUAAAUGACGUGCUCACUUUGAAACCUUUUGUCCCACUGUAUUUUGUUUAGAAUUGCAUGUCACCCUUCAAAGUGGUGUGUGUUUUAUUCUGAAAUAGCUAAUCAUUCUUUGAAAUUAUAUGCAAGCACUUUGGGAAUGCUAUUCUCACUUUGAAGAGUUGUAUACUCACUUUAAAUUGUAAACACUGUAGUAAAAAAAAAAGACAAAAAAUGCAGACAUGAAUUAAAACAUGAAAGUAAAAAUGUAAUCAACAAACUCUUAAUAAGCUAGCAUUUUAACUAAGGACAGAAGCAUUAUCUUACUAGCUGCUUUUAAACUAGGAACAGACUAAUCAGAUUUGACUAGCCUUUAAACUAAGAAAAGAAGUAUCACAUUACAUAUAACUGGGAUGUCAUGAAGUGGCAUUCAAAAUUGGGACAUUAAGUAGUAUCAAGAGACAAUAUUUCUGACUGGAGGGUUACAACUGGAAUAUCACAAUACACUAUAAUAUU